GUUCACGAAAUUUGGCAAGACUCAGGCGGCCAGCAAACUCUUAGGUAAUUUUCACUCAUUCCACUAAUCUAUUUCCCAAAUCCACCGAUAUUAGCAAUCUUUCAGCUCAAAUUAGCCCAGAUUCACAUUACCCUCUCAUCAACAAUCUCAUUGUAUUUCAGUGUUGCGGACAUCGAAGAAGAACUGCCUUCUGAAUAUCCAGACUCAUAGUCAUCACCACUCAUUACAUCCCCCAAAGAGACACUAAUAAAUAUGAGCCGCUAUGAACAACUUCCUGCAAACGAUUUCCUGCAAGAUGAGGUGGAUCAAGAACCAGGAGCAGUUGAUAUAGAAGAGAAACCAGUGCAAGAGAAGGCGCGAAAAUGGCUACAAAUUCUAUUGAGAGCAAUAACCAUCACCCUGACAAUCUACGCUAUUGUAGACAUUGUGUUUCAGUUGUGGAUGUAUACUUUCGUCUACAGCAUGUCUGAAGACUCGGCUUGCUCAUGUGGUGAUACUCCCGCGGAAGCUGUCAGCCGUGGCUGCAAAUUUGACCCCUUCGCUGCUACUUGGCUACCAGACAGAUGUCGCGAUGACGAACUCAUUGACUUUUUUAAUGAUCUGGGUCACAAGAACAAUCAUACAUGGUGGGAUUUUUACGACUGGCCCGACAAAAACGAUAAAAUGGAUUUGCAGCAAAUAUCCAUGAAAGCUGGGAGGGUAGGGAUAGAGACACCAUACGUGACGACAUCAGUUGACUGGCACCACGCACACUGUCUCUUCCUUCUUGCUAAAGGCUCCCGCGAAAAAUCAAAUGCCGAUGAAUUCAUUGCGUACACUGAAGUCGAUAUCUACCCAGACGGUUUUGAAGGAAACGAAGAGGACCCCGCCUGA